AUGGCCGCUAGUAGCCCCUCCGGCACCUUAACGUGCGCAGGGACGGCCUACCCCACAUGCUCCCCUCCCGUUUCUUCCUCCACUGCCGCUCUUCUUACCCUCAACGACUUCAGCGAAGGUGGUGAUGGCGGCGGCCCUUCGGAGUGCGAUGAAUCUUACCAUGCAAACACCGAGAGAGUGGUGGUGCUGUCGAUCGGGUGGUACGCCGGAGGCAGCCGGUGUGGGAAGAUGAUUAACAUCACGGCAAGCAAUGGGAGGAAGAUGACGGUGAAAGUGGUGGACGAGUGCGACUCGAGGAACGGGUGCGACCCUGGGCACGCCGGGCAGCCACCAUGUAGGAACAAUAUCGUCGAUGGGUCCAAGGCUGUGUGGGAGGCUCUCGGCCUCAACCAAGAUCUGGGCGUCGUUCCAAUAACCUGGUCCAUGGCUUAACUUUAAUACAGUCCUACUCCUUGCCAAGUUGAAUAAAUGUACCACCUUCGGUCUGAAAAAUAAAUGGCAACCUGAGAAGGAAAG